GUUGGCCGGAUUGAGGAGUGGUCUCGGUGACUGGACUAGCUUCGGAGGGGAGGUACCUGGUCUGGUGGACAUGGCGCCAAGCCGGGAUCAAGGUGGAGGGGGAGGCGGUGGCGGUGGAGGAGGCGACAAGAGCCCCACAUCAUUGUUUAUUCUUUCGGAAAAUAAUUGGUUACGAAGAAACGUACGCUUUAUCAUCGAGUGGCCGCCCUUCGAGUACGGUGUCCUGCUCACCAUCAUCGCCAAUUGCGUGGUCCUCGCCCUCGAGGAGCACCUGCCAAGACAGGACAAGACCAUACUCGCACAGAAGCUCGAGUCUACGGAAAUCUACUUCCUGACGAUCUUCUGCGCCGAGGCGAGCCUCAAGAUUAUUGCUCUCGGUUUCGUCCUCCACCGCGGCUCCUACCUGCGCAACAUCUGGAACAUCAUGGACUUCUUCGUCGUGGUGACCGGGUCGAUGACCGUGUUCGCUGAAACAAACGUGGAAGUCGACCUGCGUAUGCUACGUUCCUUCAGGGUCCUCAGACCGCUAAAGCUGGUUUCGAAAAUUCCAAGUCUUCAGGUGGUGCUCAAGUCUAUUAUUAAGGCAAUGGCGCCGCUUCUGCAGAUCGGCUUGCUGGUACUCUUCGCCAUCGUGAUAUUCGCCAUCAUCGGCCUCGAGUUUUAUUCGGGUACCCUGCAUAAAACAUGUUACAAUAUAAUGGACAUCAAUGAAAUCGUAAAGGAGGGCGAUAUGCCGAGUCCGUGUAGCGCAGACAACAGAAAUGAAGCCCCACCCGGGGCCCACGUGUGUGACGCGAACGUUUCGACGUGCAUGGAUCACUGGGAGGGACCAAACUCCGGCAUCACCAGCUUCGAUAACAUCGGAUUCGCCAUGCUCACUGUCUUCCAGUGUAUCACUAUGGAGGGCUGGACUGCCAUAUUGUACUGGACAAAUGACGCUCUUGGCAGCACGUACAACUGGAUUUACUUUAUACCAUUGAUCGUCCUUGGAUCAUUCUUCAUGCUGAACUUAGUUCUUGGUGUCUUGAGCGGAGAGUUUGCGAAGGAGAGAGAAAAGGUGGAGAACCGGCAGUCCUUCUUGAAGUUGCGAAGACAGCAGCAGCUUGAGCGCGAACUGAAUUGUUACCUCAAUUGGAUCUGCAAAGCAGAGGAGGUGAUACUUGCCGAAGAGAGGACCACGGAAGAGGAGAAAAUGCACAUAUUAGAAGCAAGAAGAAGAGCAGCGGCAAAGAAAAGAAAGCUGAAAAAUCUCGGCAAGAGCAAGAGCACCGACACAGAGGAGGAGGAAGGCGAGGACGGUGAGGACGAUGGUGAAGCCUCCUACUUUAAGUCGAAGGUGAAGAAGCAGGGCACGUGCCUACAAUUCUGGCGAGCUGAGAAAAGGUUUAGGUUUUGGAUACGCAAUUCCGUCAAAUCACAACAGUUCUACUGGUUCGUCAUCGUUCUUGUGUUCUUUAACACCGUCUGCGUGGCCGUCGAGCAUUACAAUCAGCCAAAAUGGCUCACCGAUUUCCUCUACUACGCAGAGUAUGUGUUCUUGGGCCUUUUCAUGAUGGAGAUGUUCAUAAAAGUCUACGCGCUCGGUCCUCGCACAUACUUCGAAUCGAGCUUCAAUCGCUUCGACUGCAUCGUCAUCUCGGCCUCGAUCUUCGAGGUGAUCUGGUCCAAGUUGAAGUCUGGCUCUUUUGGCCUCUCCGUCCUACGUGCCCUUAGACUCCUGAGAAUUUUUAAGGUCACCAAAUACUGGAAGAGCCUGAGAAACCUCGUGAUAUCGCUGCUAAGUUCGAUGCGCAGCAUCGUUUCCCUUCUCUUCCUGCUCUUCCUCUUCAUCCUCAUAUUCGCGCUGCUCGGUAUGCAGCUAUUCGGUGGCCAAUUCAACUUUGACGAUGGCACGCCGCCCACAAACUUCAACACCUUUCCCAUCGCACUACUCACUGUCUUCCAAAUCCUGACUGGAGAAGACUGGAACGAAGUGAUGUACAAGGGUAUCGAGUCGCAGGGCAUGGCCCAUUCGCUCUACUUCAUCGUGCUGGUGCUCUUCGGCAACUACACCCUGCUGAAUGUCUUCUUGGCUAUCGCCGUCGACAAUCUCGCGAACGCGCAAGAACUAAGCGCCGCCGAGGAGGAGCAGCAGGAGGAGGAUAAGGAGAAACAGAUGCAAGAGCUCGAGAAGGAGAUCGAGUCGUUGCAGAGACGUGGGGACGCACCGAGGCCACAAAGUGGAGAACGACGUCUCAUCUUUUCCAGCAGAGACGGAAGAAUUGAAACCCAGACGUCCGAAGAGAGGAGGCAGGAUGAAGACGACGACACGGGACCAAAACCAAUGCUGCCAUACUCCUCCAUGUUUAUACUGUCCCCUACGAAUCCUAUAAGAAGGGGUGCCCAUUGGAUCGUGAACCUUCGAUACUUCGACUUCUUCAUAAUGGUGGUGAUAUCGUUGUCGAGUAUCGCGCUGGCUGCUGAGGAUCCUGUUUCAGAGAAAGCGUCAAGAAACCAGAUCCUCAAUUAUUUCGAUUACGCGUUUACCGGCGUCUUUACUAUCGAAAUGGUGCUAAAAAUCAUUGAUCUUGGUAUCAUACUGCACCCGGGUUCGUACCUGCGCGAGUUCUGGAACAUUAUGGACGCAGUCGUAGUGAUAUGUGCUAUGGUGUCGAUCGCCUUUGAUAUACUCGGUAGCUCUUCUACGGCCAGCCAGAACCUCUCGACCAUCAAGUCACUACGAGUGCUGCGAGUACUCAGGCCGCUUAAGACAAUAAAGCGCGUGCCGAAGCUCAAGGCGGUGUUUGACUGCGUGGUGAAUAGUCUCAAGAAUGUCAUUAACAUUCUCAUAGUGUACAUAUUAUUUCAAUUCAUAUUCGCUGUAAUUGCGGUGCAGUUGUUCAACGGUAAAUUCUUCCACUGUACCGACGACAGCAAGUAUACGCAAGAGGAUUGCAAUGGACACUUCUUCGUUUUCGAGGAGGGCAAGUUGCAACCGGAGCUCAAGCCACGGAAGUGGCAAUCUCAGUCCUUUCACUACGACAACGUGAUGGUGGCCAUGCUAACGUUAUUCGCUGUCCAGACCGGUGAAGGUUGGCCGCAGAUUUUGCAAAACUCGAUGGCUGCCACAUACGAGGACAAGGGUCCUAUCCAGAAUUAUCGUAUUGAAAUGUCCAUUUUCUACAUCGUCUAUUUCAUCGUCUUUCCAUUCUUCUUCGUCAACAUCUUCGUGGCCUUGAUUAUCAUUACAUUCCAGGAGCAGGGAGAAGCUGAACUGCAGGACGGUGAAAUCGAUAAGAAUCAGAAAUCAUGUAUAGAUUUUACAAUACAAGCUCGUCCGCUCGAGAGGUAUAUGCCGAAGGAGCGGAAUAGCAUUAAGUACAAAAUCUGGAGGAUAGUCGUAUCUACGCCAUUCGAAUAUUUUAUCAUGAUACUCAUCGUAUUAAACACAUUAUUGCUUAUGAUGAAGUUCCAUCGGCAAAGCGAUUCGUACAAGAACACGCUGAAGUACAUGAACAUGUGCUUCACGGGGAUGUUCACUGUCGAGUGCGUACUGAAGAUCGCAGCAUUCGGCGUGAAGAACUUCUUCAAGGAUGCCUGGAACACCUUUGAUUUCAUUACGGUGAUCGGCAGCAUCGUGGAUGCCCUCGUGAUCGAGUUCGGGGAGAACUUCAUCAACGUCGGCUUUCUGAGGCUCUUUCGCGCCGCCAGACUGAUCAAACUACUGAGACAGGGGUACACGAUACGUAUUUUACUCUGGACCUUCGUACAGUCCUUUAAAGCUCUGCCUUACGUUUGUCUCCUCAUAGCAAUGCUGUUCUUCAUCUACGCUAUCAUCGGUAUGCAGGUUUUCGGUAACAUCGCGCUGGAUGCUGAUACCUCUAUUACGAAGCACAACAAUUUCCAAAGCUUCAUACAAGGUCUGAUGCUGCUUUUUCGGUGUGCCACGGGCGAGGCUUGGCCAAACAUCAUGCUGUCGUGCGUAAAAGGUCGCUCCUGCGACCCAAAAGCCGAGAAGGACGAACAAGACAGUUGCGGCUCCAACAUCGCCUACGCCUACUUCGUGUCGUUUAUUUUCUUCUGCUCAUUCCUCAUGCUGAAUCUCUUCGUUGCCGUCAUCAUGGACAACUUCGAUUAUCUUACGCGGGAUUCGUCGAUCCUGGGCGCACAUCAUCUCGACGAGUUUGUGCGGAUUUGGGCUGAAUAUGAUCCAAAUGCCACUGGCAAGAUCCAUUACAUGGAGAUGUACGAUAUGCUAAAGAAUAUGGAUCCGCCGUUGGGGUUUGGCAACAAGUGCCCGAAUCGGCUUGCGUACAAGAAGCUUAUCAGAAUGAAUAUGCCGGUAGACGGUGAUGGCAAGGUGAACUUCACGACAACACUGUUCGCCCUUAUUCGCGAGAAUCUUAGCAUAAAAAUGCGAUGCGCCGACGAAAUGAGUCAAGCCAACGAAGAACUGCGGGACACGAUCAGAAGUAUUUGGCCUUUACAAGCGAAAAAGAUGUUGGACCUUUUGAUACCUAGGAAUGAAGAAUUAGGUAGAGACAAGCUCACCGUGGGUAAGAUAUACGUCUGCCUUCUGAUACUCGAAAGUUGGAGGUCGACGAAGUUUGGUCAGCUAAAAUCUGCCACAGAGAACGAUAACGAUGUUAUCGAUAACGAUAAUGCUGGGCAAAGUCCUGCAGCCCAGGCGCCAUCGGCCUUCUACAACUGCCUGCUGGACGUGGCGGCGGUAAAUCACGUGACCGGAAAUAAUCACGGAGCUGGAAGUAGGGCGGACAGCCUCGAACCGGUGGUGCGAAUACUACCGACCAUAGAAGCGAAGCACGAACGACAUAGAGACCACACGGAUGAGGAGGAAGGGGCUCUAGGCGUCCUCGCAGCCGCCGAACACAGACGUCAACGUAGCAUCAGAAACAAAAAGGUGAACUGGAAGAUGUCUCGCCAGUACGAUAUACUAGGCAGCAGCGGAGAGAGUAGCCAGGGAGGGGGUGGGUCUGGGGUUGUACUCGUAGUUAAUGGCGAGGAUCGCGCCCCUGAGCUAGAGCCAUUGCUGGCCGAGAUGCCCUCCCAGCGGGAUGAUCAAAACAACUACUACCACGACCAUCACCAUCACGACCAAUACUACUACGAUACCGACAAUGAUCAAUACUAUGACCAUCACCAAUACUACCACCACCACCAUCACCAUCAUCAUGACCACCGACCACCCUCGUACUACCAACACCAGAACACCUACGCACCUCGCUCCUCGAUCCGUUACCACAAGGAGCUGCAGGAUGUCAUACCGUCCGAUUCACGUGCUGGUAGCCUCGAGAGUCUCACUCCUGGUGACAGAGUCCCUCGUUCGCAUCCCUCGGCGCUUCUCUCUAGACCUUCACGAUCACCAAGUAUAAGAAGACACUCGCCAAUAAUGCCUAGAUCGCCAUCGCCAAGGCGACAAAGCCGAUAUGACCAUAGUCAUUACCACGACGGACCAGGGUUUAGCGAUACCGUUAGCAACGUCGUUGAGAUACAAAGGCACACUCAUCAUCCCCACGCGUCACAAUAUAAUCAUCGGCAUAGGAUACGAGACUAUUACGACCACUGCGACUAUUACGACGAUGGUCCAUGGAGCGCGUCGACGAGUCCGGCCAGGUCGCCAAGUCCGGUUCACAGGAUUGAGCGUGGUCCCCAUUAUGGCACGACGAGUCUGGAGCAACGUUCGAGGAGUCCAAGCCCGAUAAGUAGUGGUCGUCCACAUCAUCAUCGUCAUCAUCCGCAUCAACACAGCUAUCCGGUGCUGGUCGCGAGAAGAGGUCAUGGUCGCCGGCUGCCGCCGACGCCAAACAAGCCAUCGACCUUACAGCUGAAACCGACCAACAUCAACUUCCCAAAACUGAAUGCCUCGCCUACCCACGGACCGCAUGUCAUAGCACCGAGUGGACUGACCCACGUGCCAGUGGGUCCUGUACCCAGUCAUGUUAUGCAACAUCCACAUCCACCGUCACACAUACCACCUUCCAUGCAAUCGAGUCAUCAUCCGUUGAGCUUCGAGCAAGCUGUCGCAAUCGGCCGCGGUCGUCUACUGCCCAGCCCAGUGCCCAACGGUUACAAACCACAACCACAACCCAAGCAGAGAGCACCUAGAUCGAGGCACUCAGACAGUGACGAGGACGAUUGGUGCUAGCCAAAGUGGGACCCUGGACGGUGGUCCGGUGACGUGGACGCCCCCAGGCGUCUCAAGGUUUGCGCAUGAUAGUCGUUCACGUGGGACACGCGUUGAUUUCAAUGCAAAAGUAACGGAAAAGCCGCGAUCGACGAGCUCCUGGAGGUUCUCUCCAGAUUUCGACAGCUCGAAGAACAGCUUCAUGGAGUUGUUUCAGUUACGGCAUUGCGGCGACCGAAAGAGGUCUAAGAAAACAGGAAAAACAAUUCCAGAUGGAUAAUGUUCGAAGUAAUUUCCGGUGGCUAAACACGGCGACCGAACAGGGUCAACAAACACACAUAAAAAAUCGAUUUCUCGUGAACGCACAAGAGAAAUCGGUGGAACUGUCAUUCACACAUACAUUGACGUCGCACGAAUCCGCGAACGAGGAAGAGUGCGACGUACGCGAUUCUACGAAUUGAUCGAAGUGCAAUCAAACAACUGAGCUCGACGAAUCUCGAAGAUCCGAUCUUGGAGUCUGGAGAAUCGGGUCAGAAGUAUCGAGAACGAACGAUCGCCUGAUGCGAGGGAUUUGAAAGAUGAAUUCUAUUCAAUCGCUGUAGUCGAAGACGCUCUACAUUGGUGCGAACGAUGCACGUUAAAGCGAAGAUGGAUCUCUCGAGAUCACGAGCGACGGCUACGUCGAGAGACAAGGUGGUAGGUUGCAGUGAAACUCGUGAACGACAGUGAUUGAUUAAUUGAACGGACGUUUCAGGAGAGCUCGAAAUCCUCCGAUAUAUUAUAUUCGCGAAUUAAUAUUUCGAUCUUACCUCGACUCGAUCGAACGAAGACCGUCUCGAGGAAGACUUACUUUUUAUACGAUUUUCUGGAGGAGAGACUCAUCGAACGCCCGAAUUGCGCUGUGAUCACCACAAAACGUUCUCUUACGUGCGUGUGCAUUUAUGUAUGUAUGUAUGUUCGUAUGAUCUUGUGCGUGCAUGCAUAAGAAACUCCCCCUCCCCCUUCCCCCAUAAUUAGCCGGAAAUCACGACUGAUGUACCAAAUCAUUCUACUUCCACUCGUGAAAGCGCCGAUUAAGUAAUGUUAAUUGUUCAACGACGACAAUUGAAGGACAAUCGAGGGAGACUGAAGCGAGAGAAUGGAAA